AUGGAAACCAAUAUACAAAAAGAAUUCAAUAGGGUUAAAGUUAGAAUAGUUAUACUAUCUAAUGAAAAUAAAAAUAUACAAAAAAUAGUUACUCGUAUAAAUGAUAUUAUAGAUACAGAUUAUGUUAAAUAUGAUUUUUCUACUAUUGAAGAUCAUAAAUAUUAUUAUACUGUAAAAGUCCUUUAUAGUUUAUACAAAGAAACUAUAUUUUAUGAUAAUAAAUGUAAAAAUAUAGUCAUAAAAGUUGAUAUAGUAUUUAACAAUACUACUUUUCUUAGUCUUAUGAUUUAUGAUGAUAAAACAAAUGAACCCAUAGAAAUUUUUAUCUAG